GGACACUAUUUUUACAAUGAUGCCGUUGACAAACUGUUUUCUGUUUGAACUGCAAACACUACAGUGAAAAGUUCAGAUAACACAAUUAUAAAGGAGACUGAUAAACCUCGCCCACUUCAUCAUUUUGUCUGCUAUAUUCAGUUUCUAUGGCAGCACUCCGGAAAUGAAGAGGCUGUUUUUAUGUGAUGCGGGGGGCAGGUGCGCGUCACAGAUGCAGAUUCGGUUACAGAGGUGCUUCGGUCACUCCCGAGUCACUCUCAAAUCAGAUAUCAUUAAACAUGUCUAUUUCGACAUUUCAGAAGCUCACUGUAGUGUCAUGCGUGGUGCUGUGCGUCGCGCUUCUGCUGCCUAAAAUGCUUUUAUCGCGAGGAAAGAGAGACACACCGCACUCCGAAGGGCCCGCAGGUCACUUUCCUCCCAUGCCACACCGAGCGCCUGUAUCUGAGGAGCGGAGGCACUUCUCCAAAGCCCACAACCCUGAAGCCAUCGCCCGGGCCAAAGGAGCCGCUACUGGAGCCAGCACCGGAGGAAAGUCCAACCUCGCAGGGCAGAUCAUUCCCAUCUACGGCUUCGGGAUCUUACUCUACAUCCUUUACAUUCUGUUUAAGAUCACGUCCAAAGGCAAAACAGCGAAACCUCCAAAGAGCCGAUUCACUGCUGUCAGAUCAGAAAACAUGAAGAGGAAAAUAACUGAUUUUGAGCUGGCUCAGCUGCAGGACAGACUGAAUGAGACGAAGGAUGUGAUCGAGAGAAUCAUUUCUACAGCCAGCGCUGGCUCAGACAGUAUUGGAGGAGCGGUGGCCAUGGAUGAGGAGCAGCAGUUACUGUACCAGCUGCAGGAGAUCACACGCGUCAUGCAGGAGGGACAGUUCGUGGACACAGUCCCAGCAAACCCUGACCACUCCUGCGACCGUGAGUGGGACGGUCUUCCUGGGAACGGUGGGAAGGAGCUUAAUGAGCGUUUCUGUAGUGUCCAUUCGCCUCACACGAGCGCAAACGCUCAGAUGAGAGAAGAGACGAGUGCGGAGAUGAAGCGUCCUGAUGAACAGUCUCUCAGUGACCCUGAUGAAAACACAGACGGCAACAGAAACACAAAGAUAGAGGACAUUUCUUUGUGUAGCUCCGACAGCCAAUCACAGCCAGAGACAGAAACUCUAAUAGGAAGUGACAUCACAUCCGGCCCAGUGUCAGAACACAGCAUCAUCAGGCGGAGAAACAAACAAUAAACCUCCUAAAUAAUAACAAUGCAUUGCUUUAUUGAAGAUUAGUUUACUGCAUGGGCGUCUUUCACCUUAUAUUGAGCGCUAAAUGUUUUCCACGGUCUCUCAGUGGACGGUGUUUGUUAGACACACAGAAAAGAGCAGCUGUGUCAACAUGUCACACAUGAGCCCUUUACAGCUCUAAACUGAUGAGUAUUGAGGAUCAAUAUCCUCUCUAUUGUGCAGGUACAUCAGCCUGUGCUCAUACUGUAAACAAUAUGCAAACAGAGUUCAUGUUCAGAAAAACAUGAGGCACUUUAGCUGCAGGAAGAAUCUACUGACCCGCUGCAUUCACCACAAACCUCCAAUCAUCUUGUGAAUUACAGAACUUGGACUUGAACGAGAAAUAUAUUCACUUGUGUUCAAAUUUUUUGGACCUCAAAUAUUGAAAAAAACAACAACCCAUAAUGUACAACAGAUUCAUUUAACAGGUGUUCUACACUGUUUUCACAUGAUCACAGAAAGCUCUGUCCAUAUUCAGUUUAGUUUUAGUUUUGUUUCUGUGCUUCUCAUCUCAUUACUUGUGUAGCAAACAUUGAGAGUGAUGCUUUUGUUCAAGAUUUAGUCAAGUUCUCUUCUCAUACUUGCAUGAUUGCAUUAAUGUCUAUCGUUUACUGCUGCAUGUUGUCUUAAUAAAACACCACAAACUCA